CCUUUCCGCCGCUGGAGGCCCGCAACUGAAAUCGUUACCUGAGGAUCCCGGGGAUCAGACUCCCGAAAUCACCCGAAAUGGGGUUUGUGAAAGUUGUCAAAAACAAGGCUUACUUCAGAAGAUACCAGGUCAAAUACAGGAGGAGGAGAGAGGGUAAGACCGACUACUUUGCACGAAAACGCCUUGUGGUUCAAGACAAGAACAAGUACAACACCCCCAAAUACCGCAUGAUAGUGCGUAUCACCAACAGGGACAUCAUUUGCCAGGUAGCGUACGCCAAGAUCGAGGGAGACAUCAUUGUGUGCGCAGCAUACUCUCAUGAGCUUCCCCGAUAUGGCGUGAAAGUCGGGCUGACAAACUACGCAGCAGCUUACUGCACAGGACUCCUGCUCGCUCGCAGGCUACUGACCAAGUUCAACCUGGACAAGAUUUACGAGGGGGAGGUGGAGGCAACUGGGAAAGAAUUCAACAUCGAGAGCAUCGAUGGGAAACCCUCGGCCUUCACCUGUUACCUGGACGCUGGGCUGACCCGCACCACCUCGGGGAACAAGGUCUUCGGGGCGAUGAAGGGGGCCGUGGACGGGGGUCUUUCCAUCCCACACAGCACCAAGCGAUUCCCUGGCUAUGACUCCGAGAGCAAAGAAUUCAAUGCUGAGAUCCACCGGCGUCACAUCUACGGGGUGAACGUGGCUGACUACAUGCGGCAACUCAUGGAGGAAGACGAGGACGCCUACAAAAAGCAGUUCUCGCAGUACGUCAAAAACAGCGUUCUUCCCGACAUGAUGGAGGGGAUUUAUAAGAAGGCGCACGAGAGUAUCCGCUCCAACCCCGUGCACGAGAAGAAACCAGAGAAGAAGAUCACCAAACCCAAGCGCUGGAAUCGGGCCAAGUUCUCGUUGGCUCAGCGCAAGGACCGAGUUGCCCAGCGAAAGGCCAGUUAUCUGAGGGCUCAGGCAGCCGUUGACAAGUAAAUGUGACCAAACCUGCUGGUUGCCCACCUACUACACGGAACAGAUCUGUGACCAAAAAUACAAUAAAAGAGCAACAGC